AUGGCUCCUACCGAGUCCAAGAAGCGCCUCGCGCUCGCGAUCAUCGACUUCCUCGGUGCCAGCGUUAAGGACGGCACCCUGACGGCCGACGACGCCGAAUCGAUCGAAAUCGCCCAGUCGUGUAUCGCCGAUACCUUCAAAGUUGAUCCCUCCGAUGAGGCCGCCGUGAAGGAUGCCCUGGGUGGCCAGUCGCUUGCGAGCAUCUACAGUGUUUAUGAGAAGCUCCGCCAGAAGCCCUCCGGUGAAUCCGCUGGCUCGGCCUCUCAGGAGAGCCAGAAGCCCCAGGCCGGAGCUCCCACGCCUGAAUCCGACAAGCUGAAGUCGGAGGGAAAUGCCGCGAUGGCGCGCAAGGAUUACAACGCCGCCAUCGACUCCUACACCAAGGCCUUGGCUGUUGCCUCCGCCAACCCCAUCUACCUCUCCAACCGCGCGGCCGCCUACUCUGCCUCCGGACAGCACGAGAAGGCCGCCGAGGAUGCCGAGCUCGCGACCACCGUCGACCCCAAGUACUCCAAGGCUUGGAGCCGUCUGGGCCUUGCGCGAUUCGACAUGGCCGACUACAAGGGCGCCAAGGAGGCCUAUGAGCAGGGUAUCGAGGCGGAAGGAAACGGUGGCAGCGAUGCCAUGAAGCGUGGUCUCGAGACUACCAAGAGAAAGAUCGAGGAGGCGAGCCGUGGUACUGAGCCUCCGGCUGAUGCCGUUGACGACGCCCCCGGUGCCUCUCGCGGUGGUGCCGGCGGCAUGCCCGAUCUCUCUUCUCUGGCGAGCAUGCUCGGUGGCGCUGGUGGCGGACAAGGUGGCGGUGCCGGUGGCAUGCCUGACCUCAGCUCGAUCAUGAACAACCCCAUGUUCUCUAGCAUGGCCCAGAACCUGAUGAGCAACCCGGACAUGAUGAACAACCUCAUGAGCAACCCCCGGUUGAGGCAAAUGGCUGAGAACUUUGGCCAAGGCGGUGGCAUGCCCGAUAUGUCCCAGUUGAUGAACGACCCCAACCUUGCCGAUAUGGCCAAGAAUUUCAUGGGAGGUGGAGGUGCCGGCCGUGGAGGCCAAGGCCAGUAA